UUGUCAACUAACUUCCAACCAACACCAACAUGAACAAGGAAGUAUAAAGCAAUGUAAUUUCCCGUCGUUUCUAGAGAAAACGUCAAGUUUGUCGACAUCAAAUUGACGGAUCGUUCACAAAUUUAACAAAUACAAAAUGCCUGCCCCACCUAUGAAAGAUAUAUACAUCGGCACUGUUUUUGUGCUAUUUGGGCUUGUGAAAGUUAUGUGCGAUCGUUGGCAGAAAGAGCUGAUUGUUCAAGGUACCCCAACAAGAAAACCUCAUGCUUUUGAUCACACCUUUGUGAUGUGGUUCCUGAAGCAGCUGAUGCAGUUUGGUUUACUUUUCCUAUGGAUGGCAAUUGACAAGAACUGGCUGGGGUUUUCACGGUUUCGUCAUGGAGAAGUGAAUCAGCGAGGCGAGGAUCAGGCGAAUCAGCGAGUUGUCGAGAUCCUGGCUGGUGCUCCAGACAAUCGUGACCAUGUUGGAAUGAAUGUCGAGGAAGAUGACGGGAACAUCCAGCAGGAAAAUCAUCACCCACAAGUCAAUGCUGCCGAUGACAAUGAACGCGCAAAUAGAGCUGAGAACAAUGGGGAAGAGGAAGCUCCCACCGCCCGGCUUGUCAUAAAUGAUGACGCUGACAAUAAUGAUGACGUCGCAAAUGACGCAAAUGCUGGCGAUGGAAAUGAUGCGGAAGAGGAAGAUCGGGUGUUGCAGUUCCCACCAGCCCCUGCGUAUCGGCCAAGAGUAAGACGCCAGAAAAAGUACACAAAGCUUUUGUACUUUCCACCAGCAUUCUUUCACGUGUCAUUUGUUCUGCUCACGUACUUUGGCAUGCAGCUGACAUACUCUUCCAGUUUUGGUAUGCUCAAAGGCACUGUGGCCUUCUUCACGGCGUUGCUGUCCAUGGCGUUCCUGGCCCAGCAGCUGCCCUUCUAUGUCUGGUUCGGUGUGGUUGUGGCCACCCUCGGGUUCGGCGCGCUGGGCAUCUCGGACUAUGUGCACAACACUCCUGACGGGUUUGAGAAAUACGGCAUUGCUGCAGGAGAUCUUCAGAUCGGGAUGGGACAGAUCAUGUUUGCCACCAAGCUGAUUUAUGAGGAGAAGUUCAUCCGCAAGCACUCCAUACACCCCAUGAAGUUUUUGGGCUCAGAAGCAUCUUACGGUUUUGCGUUUGCCACGAUUCUUCUCAUCAUUUUCAACCUGGUGGAUGGAGUUCAGUACACGGAGAUGCCAAACGGACAUAUCGAGGACUUUCAGGAUGCAGCUUUUCAGCUUGCUGCCGACUGGCGUGUGGUGCUGGCUUUUGUGGGGUCGCUGCUGAGCUACAUCGUAUACACGUACCUGGGCCUGUUCCUGGUGCGCGACCAGGGGGCGCUGCCGCGGAUCAUGGUGGAGCUGCUGGUGUGGGCCUUCUACUGGGGCAUCUGUUUGGCUCUCCACUGGGAGCAGUUCUUUAUUGCUCAGGUCCCGGGGUUUGUCCUGAUCCUGAAAGGCAUCCUGGUCUAUGCCCACAUCCUGGUCAUCCCGUGCUUCAACUGCUGCCAGAACGACGAGGUCAUCGGCCUGGACGACGACAUGCCGCUCGAUGGCAACGACGACUUGCAGGAUGGCGAGGACGACGACCGGAUGUUGGACCUUGUCCACGAUGCGGAUAACGGCAUGGAGGUUGGCGAGAAUGAAGGCGACUCUCUCAUUCUUGCGGAUCAUGAUGACGGGGAUGAGAAUCCUUUGCUGGGUGUUCGUCGAUAAGACUAUCGGAUGUUGGACCUUGUCCACGAUGCGGAUAACGGCAUGGAGGUUGGCGAGAAUGAAGACGACGCUCUCUUUCUUGCGGAUCAUGAGGACGGGGAUGAGAAUCCUUUUCUGGGUGUUCAAUGAUAAAACAGGGUGGGAGCUGGAGGAUGGUGAAUGCUGAGUUUUCGUUGCCUUCUGUUGUCUGAAAUGACGUAUCAUCGUGUUGGGGUCAUCAGAUGGUGUACCCAUUUGAGAAAAGUAACCCUGUGGGAUUUUUGUGGUUUUAAAAAAAAGAAAAUAUUUUAAUAGUUCUGUUUUUGAAGAAAAGAAACACACCCUUUGAAAAUGUUUAGUGAAAACAGUCAAUCAAUGUAAAUUUUGUAUAUAUUUUUGCAUUUGUCACCUGUUUUAUUGAUGUAUAACGGUCACUAAUUAAAACAAUUUGGAAG